AAAAUCCUAUGGGACCAAAGAAAACUAUAUUUAAUAUUUAUUCAUGUGAAAGGUUUAUAAACUAUACAUGGAUACAGAUAGAAUUCAAAACUUAAUCUAAAGAUGUUAUUUCAUGUAAAAUAAUUGCUUAAACUUGUUAAAUCGCUGUCAAAUGACAAGGAAGUAAAUUGAUACGAUUAUCACCAAUAGAGACGGCAAAAUAUUACGGAGCAGUGUAAACUUAAAACAAGAAAAGGAUUUUUCUUUUGUUUAGACAUGGCUGUACCAGGGAAAAAGAUACCCAAAACAUUUUCAUCAUCAUCAACUAUGGGGUCUGAUGAAGACCUUAAAGUUUAUUGCCAGCCAUGCGACCGUGAUGGUCCUCAACUCCCUGCCCAUGGCUAUUGUGUUGACUGCAGGGAGCAUCUGUGUGAGACCUGCUUUGUAGUUCACAAGAGACAUACCCUUUCAAGGCAUCAUACACUUCUAGAUAAAAACAGCAUGCCACAAAGCAUUUCUUCAGUCUCUGUUCAUCCAACACAGCCUGACAACUUUACCAAAUCCUGCCCUAAACAUACAAAAGAAAUCAUCAAGUUCUACUGUCAGAACCACAAAGCACUACUAUGCAGUGUAUGUGUUACACUUGAACACACAGGUACAUCUUGCAAAGUUAACUACAUCCCCGAUAUUUCUGGCCAAGUCAUAAACAGCAAAGAACAUCAAGAUAUCUUGAAAGCAAUGGAUAACGUUACUGAGCAAUGUCGCAAGAAAUCAGAAGAUGUGAAGAAAAUUACUGCAAAGUCCAACAGUUCUUUGGCAGAUGUAUUGGCCGAUAUAAAGAAGUUUCGGACAGAAAUAAACCAAAGACUAGAUGAACUAGAAAGACAAGCAGAAGAUGCAGCAAAGACAAUCCAAAAAGAAAAUAACAAGAACUUGAAGACAGUACAAACAGCUUGCGAUGAUGUAACAAAAUCACUGAAGACAACAUCUGACUCCAUUAAACAUCUCAACACAUCCAAACAAGCAGACAAACUUUUCAUGGAGCUAAAAUUAGCUGAGCAAAUGAUCAAAGAUUAUGAGAAACGUGUCCACGACCUAGAAGCAUAUGAUGUCAAGGAGUACAACUUUAAAGAAAAUAAAGCAAUAUCAACCCUACUUGAAAAGGAGAGUUCACUAGGUACAUUAGCAGAGAAAUCAUUAAAACAACCGAGUCCUCCUCCACAUGUUGAUAUAAAAUCCAGACAAACUUCACAUCAGGGUAAAAUCUGUGUCAAAACAUCAAAAGAUAAAAACAUAUGCUGGAUAAAAGGUAUGAUUCUGCUUACUCCUGAUCUACUUAUCAUCACUGACUGUGGUAACAAGGCUGUAAAAAUGGUGGAUACCAGCAGUCAAUCUGUUACUUAUCAAUUACAACUAGAUACUGGGCCAUGUGAUGUCACCUCAGUUACCAGUACAAAGCUUGCUGUCACACUUCCUGUCAAUCACAAUAUUCAGUUUAUAUCAGUCUCCUCAAACAAACUCAAGAAGAAACAAACUCUGAAGGUUGAUGGAUAUUGUUUUGGUAUAAGUUACUGUCAGGGGAAACUUGUUGUGUCAUUUCGGUAUUCUGGAAAACUCCAAAUUCUUGAUACCAAUGGUACUAUACUGACAACAGUAAAGGGAGAAAAUAUUUUCAGCAGGCCAGAAUAUGUUACCACUAACACUAAUUCUAUCUAUGUAUCUGACAGGGAACUGGCAACAACAACAAAAUUAAACUGGCAGGGUGAGGUGAUUGGUAGUUAUGGUGGUAUGACUGAGCCUAAAGGUAUAACACUGUCAGAUGAUGGUUCUGUUUUUGUGUGUGACUACAGCAGAAAAGUUAUAGAAGAGAUAGCAGGUGACUUUUCUACAGGAAAGGUUGUGUUGAAGGACCUCAAUGAUCCCAAUGCUGCCUGUUUGUGUGCUGACACAUGUAAACUAUACUUCAGCUGUUUUACUGGACAAGACAAACAUGACAACUUUCUUCAAGUCUUCAAGCUCUCAUAACCAGAACAAAACUCAUCAGCAGUUGAACCAAUGUAUACUGUGACAUCAUUUAUAGUCAUGGGGGACUAAUUUCUGUUGAUUUUGUGAUUGUGUCAAUCAAUGACAAACUAAGAAUAAUCCUACAUAUUCUAUCUUUAAAUGAACAUGCCUCCAAAUAAACAUCAGAUUCUUUAAAAAUAGACAGCAGUUGGUAUUAAUUAUCUAAACUGAUAAACUAGGACUGUUUAAAUAGAUUUUUAAUGUGUAUGGUUCAGAGUAUAACAAAAUUCCCUCUAUUUUACAUUAAGUGUGACAUAACACUUUUGAGACUUUUCCACAUGUUUUUUUUUCUUACUAAAAGAGUGUUUACUUAACAGAAUUUGUGUGUUAUCAACAAUAUUUUCAGUUUUAAGAUCGGUAUGCAAAACUGUACAUGUCAUCCAAAUUUCAAGGCCGUAUCUUGUAGUUUCAAACAAGAAGAUUUUUAAAGUUUUUUCCUAUAAGUCUAUGUAAAACUUGGGACCUCCAGGGCAGGGCCUCUUUUUCACCCCUGGGUAAUAAUUUGAACAAUCUUGGUAAUGGACCACAAGGAAAUGCUACAUGUCAAAUAUCAAAGGCCUUGGUCCUGUGGUUUUAGACAAGCAGAUUAAUUUUUGAAGUUUUUUCCUAUACAAGUCUAUAUAAACCAUGUGACUCCCUGGGCGGGGCCAUAUUUGACUCUAGAGGGCUAACUUGAACAAUCUUGGUAGAAGACCACUAGCUGAUGUUACACAUAAAAUAUCAAAGCCCUAACCCCUGUGGUUUAAAACAAGAAGAUUUUCAAAGUUUUUCCCUAUAUAAGUCUAUAUAAACCAUGUGACCCCAAGGGCAGGGCCAUAUUUGACCCUUGGGGGAUAAUUUGAACAAUCUUGGUAGAGGACUUCUAGAUGAUGCUACAGACCAAAUAUCAGAGGUCCUGUGGUGUCUAUGUAAACCAUGUGACUGACAGGGCGGUGCCAUAUUUGACCCAAGGGGGAUAAUUUGAAAAAUCUUGGUAGAGGUCACCUCUAGAUGAUGCUACAUGCCAAAUAUCAAAGCCCUAGGCCCUGUGGUUUUGGACAAGAAGAUUUUCAAAGUUUUCCCUAUAUAAGUCUAUGUAAACCAUGUGACCCCCAGGGUGGGGCCAUGUUUGACCCUAGGGGGAUAAUUUGAAUAACCUUGGUAGAGGACUAGUAGAUGAUGCUACAUACCAAAUACAGAAGCCCUGUGGUUUUGGACAAGAAGAUUUUUAAAGUUUUUCCCUUUGGUUGCCAUGGCUACCAGAGUUCUACAUGGAUUUCAAUUCUUUGGGCAGACCCUUUUUAAAUAUUUUAAAGGUAUUUGUACUUCAAUAAAUAUUUUUGUUGUUUUAUUAUCCCUUUUAUAAACUGUAUCUUCUCUAUUUCUAGUUUAGCUAGUCAUUUUAGAGUUUUUUCAUACAGAAUACAAAUAUCUGAAAUAAAAAUCAAAUCCUCCCCCACCCACCUUACUUUUAAAGGAAACUUUAGAUAAUAAGCUAGUAAUUAACUCAUUGUGGCCUUAUUUGUACAAUACUGAAGAAGAACAACAAUGACAGUAAAACAGAAAGCUGUUAAAAUCCUAAGGGACCAAAGAAAACUAUAUUUAAUAUAUAUUCAUGUGAAAGGUUUAUAAACUUAUACAUGGAUACAGAUAAAAUUCAAAACUUAAUCUAAAGAUGUUAUUUCAUGUAAAAUAAUUGCUUAAACUUUAAAUCGCUGUCACAUGACAAGGAAGUAAAUUGAUACGAUUAUCACCAAUAGAGACGGCAAAAUAUUACGAAGCAGUGUAAACUUAAAACAAGAAUAGGAUUUUUCUUUUGGUAUGUAAUUUAAAAACAAUAAUUUUUUUUUUAUCAUUCUAGAGUGCUAACAAAGUUUUUCUCUUAUGUGACCCAGUAUCAGACCCCAGCUUACCCAUUAAGAAAUAACAGAGAUAUAAAAUUCAUGAAAUAUUGCAAACAUAUUUAUGAACCUUGUCUCAUAAUUGGGUGAAAAUAAAAAAAUGAAGCCUU